AUGGCAUCUGUUCUUCGCUUCCGCACAGUUUGGGGCAUCAGUCCCGGCAACAACUACGAGAAUUGGGCGAAAUGGUUCCCAACUCUCAAGGCCCAGGGAUAUGCUGGAGUUGAGGUGGACUUCACAGAUUUGAGCGAUCUUCCUUCCAUUCGCCGCCUCGCCGACGAGGCUGGACUGGAAAUCAGUGUUCUUAUCCACGCGCAAUGGCCCUCAUACGCAGGCCCCAAGCCCACCGGUUCGACUCCGCAAGAGAUUCUAAAGUCAUACCGAAGCAAGCUUGAGAUCGCCCAAACUCUAAAGCCAUAUAAGAUCAAUGCUCAUUCUGGAAAUGAGCGAUGGACGGUUGAUGAAGCUGUCGAAUUUUACAGUGGCACCCUCGACGUCGAUGCCGAGUUGGGACUUGCCGGCAAGGUGUGCCACGAGACGCACAGAAACACAGCCUUUUACCACCCCGAACCCACUGCAUUGAUCUUGAAACGAGUACCUCAAUUGAAAAUCACAGCUGAUUUCUCCCAUUUCGUGGUUGUCUGCGAGCGUCUCUUGGAUAUAUACGAAGAAGACAAGUCAGCAAUCCACACUAUCAUUCCCCAUGUGGGCCACAUUCACGCAAGAAUGGGCACUACACAAGCUUCGCAAUGCCCGGAUCCUACGCAUGAGACUUUCAAGGAAGAAAGAAGGUACUUCGAAUCCGUCUGGAAACAGAUCAUCGAUGUCACUGCUACUGCAUUGGAGCCUAUCACAUUUGUUCCUGAGUACGGGCCCUUCCCGUACCACUCCUACAACGCCCAGAGGACCUUCUCCGAAGUUGCUGACAGCGAAGGAGCUCGACUGCACCCACUCUUUGAAAGCCAUGCUAAGGCUGCGGUGGCAUCUCGUCAAUAA